AUGACCUCCUUUACCACUGUCGACACACAUACCGACAGGCUUCUACUUUACCUGAUGGCUCUGGAUCAAUAUCAACUGGAGGAAUUCAGACUUCACCUCCGACCACUGGGGAGGUCUUGGAAAGUCCCUGGUGUGAACAUCAAACAGCUGUCUCAGGCGAGAUUCCCAGAGAUCCCCUGGGCAGACCUGAGGGCUGCUGACCCAGUGAAUCUCUUCUGCCUUUUGAAUGAGCACUUUCCAGAAUGGCAACUCUGGGAAGUGGUCCUCAGCAUCCUUGGGAAAAUGAAUCUGACUUCGCUAUGUGAGCAAGUUAGAGAAGAAAUGAAAAGGCAUGUGCAGACACAGGAACCCCAAGAUCCAGACAAAGGAGACUUAGAAGUGCUAGAAGGAGAAACAGAUCACAGAAGAGAAUUCAGAAAAAGGUUGAAGACUAACAUAUUGGCAAUGUGGGAUAACAUCCCUUGUCCCGAAGGCCACAUAUAUAUCUGUAAUACAUCAGAGGAUGAGCAUAAAGAAAUGCAGAGACUGCUGGAUCCCAGUGGGACGAAAGCCCAGGCCCAGACAAUAGUCUUGCAGGGCAGGGCAGGCACUGGGAAGACCACCCUGGUGCUGAAGGCUAUGCUACAUUGGGCAGAAGGCAUUCUCUUUCAGCAUAGGUUCUCCUACAUAUUCUACCUCAGCUGCCUUAAAACAAAAUACAUGCAGGAGACCACCUUUGCUGACCUGCUUUGUUGGGAUGACAAACCCAACUCUGAGGCCCUCAUUGAAGAGUUCAUGUCUCAACCUGAGAGGCUUCUGUUUGUUGUUGAUGGCUUUCAGGAAAUGACCAUACCUGAGCCAGGCCCUUAUCACUUGGAGGACAGCCCGCCACGUAUAGGCUGGCACCAGAAGCUACCAGUGACCAAGAUCCUCCUCAGCUUGUUGAAGAAAGAGCUGGUCCCCCUGGCCACCUUACUGAUCACCAUUAGGACACCUUGUGUGAAAGACCUCACCAGUUUUUUAGUGAAUCCAUGCUUUGUACAUGUCACAGGGUUUGCAGAGGAAGACCGGGAGGUGUAUUUCAGCAGUUGCUUGGGGAACCAAAAAGAAGCAAAGGCAAUGUUGGAGCAGGUAAGACGGAAUGAAGCUCUCUUUAAUUCCUGCAGUGCGCCCAUGGUAUGUUGGACCAUAUGUUCCUGCCUGAAGCAGCUAAAGGCAAGAUCUUCUGACCUCCAGACCACCACGAGUCUGUAUGCCUGUUUUUUCUCCAACUUGUUCUCAACAGCAGACACGGGCCUACCAGAUGAGAGCUUGCCAGGACAAUGGAACACCCUCUGUGCAUUGGCUGCUGAGGGGAUGUGGUCUCUGAACUUCACGUUUGGAGAAGAAGAUGCCCAGUACCAGCUCUUGGAAGUGCCCUUUAUCAAUUCUCUCUUCCACUUGGGUAUUCUCCAGGCUGUCAGUGAUCAUGAGAACUGCAUUACUUUUACCCAUCCAAGCUUCCAGGAGUUUUUUGCCGCCAUGUUCUACGUGCUAGAGGAACCUCGAGAAUCCGUUCACAGUAGCUCCACAAAGCAUGGAGAGAUGAAGAUAAUACUGAGGGCUGUUUUAGUUGACCAAGAGUCCUACUGGGCUCCAAUGGUUCUGUUCUUCUUUGGCCUUUUAAAGAAAGACCUAAUAAGAAAACUGGAAGACACUUUGCAUUGUAAAAUGUCUCCUAGGAUAAUGGAGGAAUUAUUAGAGUGGAAAGAAGAAUUGGAUGAGUCUGAAACUGCCUCUGUCCAAUUUGACACUCAACAGUUUUUUCGCUUUCUGCAUGAGACCCAGGAGGAAGACUUUGUCAAGAAGAUGUUGGGUUACAUCUUUGAAGCUGACGUUGAUAUUUUAGGGAGCACAGAGCUCCAAGUGUCUUCAUUUUGCCUGAAGCACUGUGAGAAGUUACACAAGCUGAGGCUUUCUGUGAGCAGACCCAUCCCUGAGAGCACUGGUGGCUCGGGGACACAGCAGUGGAAGGGCAUUUGCACUGCGUUUGUCACCAACAGAUAUUUGAGUGAGCUGGAUCUGAGUAACAGCAAGCUUAGCAUCUCAUCCAUGAGGAGUCUCUGCCGCGCACUGAGAAAUCCCAGGAGCAAACUCCAAAAACUGACGUGCAAGUCAAUAACCCCCGUGUCUGUUCUGCCAAAGCUUGAUCUUGUCCUUCGUGGUAACAAGAAGCUGACCCAUCUGAACCUGAGCUCUAAUAGGCUGGAUGUUGGCUGGAUCUUCAAAGCCGUGAGAUACUCAGCCUGCAACAUCAAGUGUCUGUGCCUGGAGAGAUGCAACCUGUCGGCAACCAGCUGUCCCUACCUGGCCUCAUUAUUUGUCAAUGUCCAAAACAUGACUCGGUUGUGUCUGGGACUUAAUGAGCUUCAAGAUGAGGGGGCAGAGCUGCUGUGUGAUGCCCUGACCCAACCAAACUGCACCUUAAAGAGAUUGGAGCUUUGGCUUUGCCAGCUUGGAGCUCCCAGUUGCAGGUACUUGUCUGAUGCUCUCCUUAAGAACAAGAGUCUGACACACUUGAACCUGAGCAGGAACCAACUGGGAGAUGAGGGAGUGAAAUUUCUGAGUGAGGCCUUGAGUUAUCCUGACUGUAGUCUGCGGUGUUUGAAUUUAUCAGGCUGUUCUUUCACGACAGAAGGCUGUCAAGAGCUGUCGGAUGCACUCAAGCAUAAUCAUAACAUGCACAUUUUGGAUAUUGGGAGAAAUGACCUUGGGGAUAAUGGAGCAAAGCUACUGUGUGAGGCUCUGAAAGCUUCCAGUUGUUCACUGAACACUCUGGGGCUGGAGAAAUGCAAUCUGACAGCUGCCUGCUGCCAGCAUCUUUCCUCUCUUCUUAGCAGCCAUAAAAAAUUGGCUGAAUUGAACCUUAUAGGCAAUGACUUGGAGCCUGAUGGGGUCAAGACACUGUGCUUCAGAAAGACUUGCAUAGUACAGUAA